UGCUGUCCUCGCUGGCCUAUGACAAUGCUCCUGCCUGUGCAUGUCGCAGCACCUCAUUUCCUACGUCGUAAAUGUGACUGCCCGUGUCGUUGCCCAUGCGCUGCACAACAAACAAAGAGACCUCCACCAGCACUCUUGCCUCCUGCUCCAUGUGCUUGUCCUCUCCUGCUUGUCAUCCUAGCUGCUAGGCUGUGCUAUCUCCUUAUCGCUCGUAUAAAUACUGCUACAUCAUGCUCAAGCCGAGGCCAGCGCUGCCACGGGCCUACUUCUACCCGCAAAAUGCGCUCACUGCGAAUGCCGAGGACGAAAACGAGCCUGUCUUUCCCGUCGACCUCGAUGAUGUCAAGCCAGUCAGGCGGCUCAAUUACAAACAAUCUUGUCCCGCACUGAUGGGCACAGCGUCACGGCUCUUUGCUGAGCAACCGGAAUGUCAGAUGGAGACACAGGAACUGCCAGAUUUGCGCUCCUUGAUGCACUCUGAAGAGCGAGCUAUACAGUCUAGGUCGCCACUAGAGUCUCUUGACUGCAUGCAACCACCAAUACGCACGCUCAGAAACAAGCGCAGCAUACUCCUUGCCGACAUCAUUGAUGAUGUAGAAGGCAGACCGCCUCGGAAACGGUUGGACCAGCGUAGAGGCACAGCUUCCAUUGCCUCUGCAGUGUCUGUGGACUCAAUCGAUAUAGUCUCGGGGCCGCCUGGACCGCAACCACUCAGGCCGAAAGCAAGCCAAUUUGACUUGCUCUACCAGUCAUCCAAGGCUCUAUCGUCUUCGGCCCGCGAGAAGCCCGUCUCCUCCUCUAGUCGAGAUCAAAAGCCACCCGAGGACCUGAUCAUCGAAAGACAAAUACCAUCAGCACAGCUGGAACCAAGACGAGGAAGAGCCCUGAGGCCGGCAGUGUCUCUAUUGUCAAUGCGCGUGGCAGGGGGUCGCUCAGCGUCCCCAGCAAAGCGGAGACUCGAAGAUAUCGAUACCGGCCACAUAACCUCCUUUGACGCUCUCUUACCGCCUGUCGCUCCUGAAGGAUCUGACGCAACUAUGCACGAUGCCUCUCCGCCAGAUACUCAAAUGCGGCGGUCAAUGAGAUUUGCCAGAAAUACAAAAUUGCUGAUGGAGUUACCGCCUUCAGUGACCAACAUGCCGCCCAGGAGACUGCGGCACGCCAAGUCGGCCAAGGACAUCUUGCGCAAGUAUGCCGAACCCCGCCAAGAACACAAGACUAUCGGAGGAGGCAUUUCCAAGACAAUCAAGCAGCUGUUGGGCUUCAACAAGUCAUGAUUACUUUUAGCGUUUGGCUUUUCAUUCCUUAGCGAGUUUACAGAUUGUAUGAUGUAUCAAAUGACCAGUAAUGUAAUGACACUGCUGCAGCCACUUACGUACCAGACACUGCUCCAUAUGGGUGCAGAAGAUGUCUUGAUGCUUGCCUUGAACCCCAGCGUCAUGCGCGUAGUGUUGAGAUGGACCAUGGCAGAAGGCUGAAGAUGACUCUCGUGGGCCGACUGCAUCGAUUGCCGUGCGCUGGCCUCGAGCU